GUCGGUCGGUCCAGCGUGAGCCGCUCCCGCCGUCUUCCCGCCUUUCCCACCGGGCUCUGAGGGGACACACCGCGAGCGGCCAUGAAGAUCUGGAGCUCGGAGCACGUGUUCGGACAUCCCUGGGAUACAGUGAUCAAAGCUGCUAUGAGGAAGUAUCCCAAUCCGAUGAAUCCAUGUGUGGUAGGAGUAGAUGUCCUUGACAGAAGCCUUGAUAACCAGGGGAGGUUGCACAGUCACCGUCUUCUCAGCACAGAGUGGGGAUUGCCAAGUAUUGUAAAAGCUAUUUUAGGAACAAGUAGAACUCUGACUUACAUUGAGGAACAUUCUGUGGUAGAUCCAGUGGAAAAAAAGAUGGAGCUUUGCUCAACUAAUAUUACUCUCACAAACUUGGUAUCUGUUGAUGAGAGACUGGUUUACACGCCUCAUCCUGAAAACCCUGAGAAAACUGUGCUAACUCAAGAAGCAAUUAUUACUGUUAAAGGCAUUAGCUUGAGCAGUUAUCUGGAAAGCUUAAUGGCGAACACAAUAUCUUCUAAUGCCAGAAAGGGUCGGGAUGCCCUGGAGUGGGUGAUCAGCAAACUGAACACAGAACUGGAGGAGCUGAAGUCAACACGUGAGGGCAUGAAACCAGCCAUGGCAGCAGCCUCAACGGAAAAAUAAAACCAAAUGUUUGGUUUCACCAAGUAAAACCACGUAACUGACAGAAAAGUCUUAUCCUGCAGACUGCUCCCUUCCAAGGCUGAUCUGAAGAGGUUUUGUAUAUUUAUAAGAAUAUUGGAUCAGUGGACAAGUAACCUCAUCUGUCAUCUCCACAGCAGCUCUUGUUGCCUACUGAAGAUUAAAUUGACCUCCUGCAGAUGCUCUUUUCAUUUAAACCAUUUAUUUUUAACACUGGAAACAAAACAUUAAGCACAUUUAAGACGGCCUAAAUGUGCCUUUUCAAACAAAGAUAGAGCGUAUGUUAUAUUUGCACGAUCUCAGUUUGUCUUACUCAAACUUGAAAAGAAUGCAUGUGUGGUAUUAAGGGUUUUCCAUGUGAAUUUUUGUUCUGUAAAGGGCUGAUUGGUCCUAGAGCACUGAAGUUUGUCUGGUUUGUAAUGUGAUAGUGUCUUAUGACCAGUUAAAGGGAACUACGUGAGUCAGAACAUGAUACUGUAGCAUUAGAUACUUAUCUAGAGUAUCCAUCCCGAAAGGCUACAACUUGUGUGGAACUAACACUUAUGCUUUUUAAAUGUGCUACCAGAACGUGGCACCAGAUACUUUACCUCUUAUGUUUGUAUCCAAACAAAGAUAAAGUUUCUAUUGAUGUUAAUAACCUAAAAUAGUUUUUUUGGUAGGGAAAAAGUUAUAAUUUAUUUUCUUAUUUAUUAACUUGUUCUAGUUCCUCCCCUCCCCAUGAGGACAUGAGUAGUAAUUCCUGGAAGGUGCUGGAAAAUACUUAUUUAUCUCUAAGAAGAGUACUUGUAGGCUACUUGAAUGAAGAGACCUUGCUGUUCCACUGGUCCUUGCUCUUUACAUCAUGUCUUAACUGAGGGAGAAACUGAUGCAAUAACCAGAAGAGUUGAAAUGAGAAAUGAGCAGGAAAUUUGAAAUCAAAAUGGUAUAAACAGGAACUUUUCAUUCCCUGAAUGGAAAAAACAAGUACAAGAAAACCAAAUGAACUCUCCUGCUUUGAGUGCAUUCUGUAACUGAAUUUUUUCAACACUUUUCCACAUUGUUACAAAAUGGUUUUAGAAUCAUUUUAAAUGCUUCUCAUUAUCUGGAAAAAUACUCCAGUAAUUGCAGAAACUGUUUCCUAUAAAACAUGCAUAAAUACAUAUUGGUAAUGGUCCUAGCCUUGUCUGAUGUUUACAAAAUUGUCAUGUUUGAUCCAGAUGUAGUAUAUAUUUCUUAGACAACCCUCUUAGGGCAUUUUAACUUAUUUUUUGGUGUGCACACAAAGUGAAAUAAAUGUUGCAAGGAUGUUUACUCAUUCAAGUGGUAAGCAUGUGCUUAGGAAGCUGUUCAAGAGCAUGAGUAACUUCUAAAAAAACUAGAAGAGUAAAAUGUUGGUCACUGUUUUGAUCUGGUAACUUUAAAGUGUCUGUAGCUUAAGGGAAUUUUCAGCAUUCAUAUUCUGGUUCAUUUGAGCUUUAAUUUGGGUGUAACUAAAUUACAUAUCCUAAUGAAUAAGCCUACUUUAAAAGAUAUGUAUAUUUAUUGAAAGCAAUUAAAUGAAUAGCUGAUAUUUACAUUGCUCUUUUCAUAUGGACCUAAAGCCCCUCUUAUUUUGUAACAGAACCUUGGAGCUUAAAGGCUGAUAGCAGCCUGUUUCUGGAAGAUACACUGGAUAGUUUUGGUGCAGGUCAGUUGUUGUCCCCUUCUCAGAGGAGUGAUGCCACUUCCUGGAAAAGGAACACAGAAGAUGUUCUAGCUCCUGGUGGCGUUCUGCUAGGAAGGGGAGUGCAGCCAUGGCAGAGCUCUGCAAAAAAAAAGAAAAGGAAAAGUUGAGUAAGUGUGUGUGCCCUUGGAAACCUGCGCUGCACCAUUUCUGUACAUGCCUCCUGGAGCUGAUGAGAACAUGACUGUCAGCAGGGGUAGGAAGGUGUUUGGAGAGAUUCAUGUAUUGCUUUGGUUUGGAAGAAGAGUUGCCUAGAGCUGCUUUUUGCAUCAGAAGUGAAAUAUUUGCUUGGUAUUGUCUUAAGGCUGACUGACUUGUGUUUAGCACCUUCCAGCACUAGCUGGCUUCCCAGAAAAGUCACCAUAGGCUCUCUCUGGGUCUGAAUUUCUCUGCCACACCAUAGGGUCAAUACCAGUUACACAUCAGUUUCCUGGAUUACUUUCUUGGUUUUGGGCUGCUUUUGCUCUAUGUUUUGUCCCAUUUAGGAGCUGUAUGCCUAGACACAGUUUUCCAAUCUGUCUGCUGAUCCACUUGCCAGGAAUCAGCACCUUUCCUACUUGUGCUCAGUCCUCUUCUGCUUUUCUCUUGGCUAAAUGGUAGUGGGGAAGCUCUUUGGGUAGGAAAAAAGACUAAUUUUUUCUGGAGGCCAGUUGUGUCAUCCAGCUGCCUCUCUCCACUGCCAGACAGUGCUACUGCCUCUUACCUUGUCUUAGAGGUAGGUGACACUUAUGCAUCUGGGGGGUUAUUGUUCUUCCUGUGGUUGCUCAUUGUGUACAAGGGACAUUGCCAGGGUGUACAAGGGACCUUGCAGCAGUGGUCACACUGGGACCAGAUGGGCUCCAGUGUUUAGCAGAUCAAGUGGUUCUUAAUUUUCGAUAAGAUUUCCUGGACAGUUUCACCCUUCUGCUCUCUGUCCAUCUGAUUUGCAUACGAGGCUCCAAUCCUUCUUCUCCCUUGACCAUGUGACUCUUCUCCAUGGGAUCUAGUGGGAUCUGUAGCUGUGUAUGCUGUGCUUAAUACUUUUUGCAGCACUUCAAUUCCCACUCAAGUUCUUAGACUGUUAUAGUCCAAGUUGACUCUUGAGGCAGAAAAACCACCCUGCCUUUGGAAUUGUUUAUCUUUGUGGUUCCUUAGAGAAACUCCUCCAACUUUUCUUUCUACACUGGAAAUGGCUAAAAAAUAUAUCUGAAGUCAGUUUUUUGUCAUGUGCAUUGACUGAGGUGUCUGUCAAAGGUGGAAAGCUGCAUGUGAGGGCAAGUGCUAGGCUGCUUGUGGGGAGCUUUUGGGUUUGAUGCAGGAGGAAAAGGGCACGCAGGAGGAAAAAAAGUGUAUCAAGCAGAAAUGGUGUGAAGUCAACACUCAUUAACUUGGAAGGAUCUUGAGGUGCUGGGGACCAAGCAGAAAGCUCAGUGCUUAUAACCAUGCUGAUUAAUAGUAACAAGUGCCACUUUGAAUAAGAAUUCUGCACUUGGGGAGUUGAAAGUAGAAUUAAAGUUCAGCUUUGUUAGUUGGGAGAGGGAGGUUGUUUGCUGAGGCUGUCAGUUCAGUGUUUCUCAGCCGCUGGGUUGCAAUUCAAGGGAAAGGGAGUAUAGAGGGUUGUGAUGCAGGGGGUGGUUUAAGAAUUUAGUGGUGGCAUAUCAGGUCUUCAAACUGUUUGGAAAUGUGGCUGCUCCCACUGCCCAGUACCUCUAUCUGUCGCACGUGCCUGCUGUGGAAGCAAGAAGCUGUGGAGAGCUGGUUCCUGAGGCAGUGGUGGUUCCCAGAAUGUGGCAAAUGGGGCAUGUUAGCUCUUGGCUCUGAAGGGUUUUAAGAUGUUGAAGAUACCAAACUUGAGGUAAACUCUGGUUUCUGGUUGAUGGUUUUCAUGCUAGUGUAGACAGGCUUCUGUGUACAACAAAAGGCAUUAACUUAAAACAGUGUAGUCAAAUGGUCUGGUGUGUAAUUUAUUGAUUUUGUGUAAACUAUCCUUUUAAUCUUUUCCUUGAUUUGCCCUUGUGCCAGUGGGAAUCUUCCAUGCUCCUCCAUGCGUCUUACUUCUUUUCCCCCAUCAGGUCAGCAGGUGCGAUGGGGGAAGGAUCAUAUUUGCUGACACAACAGGCAAUCCCAGUGAAACUUGUGUGUUCUUGAAGGACUUGCCUAACUUAAGCAAAGGCACUGACCUGCAGCAGGAGGGGCGUGUAGCAGGGAAUUGUAGUAUAGCACAUACUGGGCAUUGAUGUAUCUGACAACCUAAUUAAGUAGUGCCGAGUAUGGCCAGUGACACUCCUUGAUGUGACACUUUUCAUUCAAAUCUUCAGGUGGAGCAGUGGGUAGGUAAAACCCUUCCUACAGCACCUUCCUAGAUUGUGAGCCGUGAAGGGCAGGACUGUGAAGUGUCUAUGUACGCUAUGGUGCUAUCUGAAGUAAAUGUCAUGCACAGUUUAAAAAAAACACUUCUGAGUGUAACUAUUUUAAUAUAAAAUUGGCUGUUGCUUUUCAGAAAAGGCUGCAGAAAAAUUGUUUGUGUUAGUCCGUGCUGGGUGAGCAGCGGGACCCAGUACCAGGCUCCCUGAAGCUUGCUGUAAGCCACACAUCACAAACGCUCUGCAGGGGUCCUCUGGUUGUGGACUGGUGACUCCAUCUGGGACUGGCAGCUGCUUCAUUUUGCAUUAAAGCAGCAAAGAGUCAUCUAAAACUAUUAGCCUUGACUUGUAAAUAAGACCAUAUUUAUCUAAUAAACCAUCUUCUUACCCCACCAACACUACUCGCCACCUGUCAGGAUCAUGCAGGUUAUAGGCUAAGCCUUUUAAUUGCAGCUCCAUGAAGCAGGUCAUGCGUUCACUAUGGAUUCGUCCAAUGAAAAGGCAUUUUUGUGAAGCACAA